AAAAAAAAAAAAAGUAAACUAAAAAAUGUCAAAAGCAUUAUUUUAAACAAUUGAACAACAAGUAAAAGGUUUAAAAACCCAAGAAGUAGUCGAAUUAAAUUUAGACGGCUAAAAAAUAACAAAAAUACCUGACUAAUUGAAACAAAAACUCGAAUAAUUCAAGAAUUUAUCAAUAUUAUCAUUAAAUGAAUGUGAUUUACAAACCUUAGAAAAUUUCCCUAAUCUACCUAAACUAAUGACUUUAGAAUUAAUAAACAACAAUUUAUAACUUUCUCACUUAAAGUAUUUACAAAAUGCAUAAAAUCUAUAAGCUCUUUUACUUGGAAAUGUCUAAAUUAAUAAUUUAAGCGAGUUAGAUGCACUUAAGACAUUUCCUAAUCUUAAUUAACUAGAUUUGAUCGAAAAUCCUGUAUGUUAAGACGCCAAAUAUCGAGAAACAGUUUUCUCCUUAUUACCAAAUUUAGAAAUUCUUGAUAAUUAAGAUAAAGACGGAAAUGAAAUUUUAAAUGAUGAUGAAGAUGAUUAUGAAGAUGAGGAUGAAGAUGAUAGUGAUGUUAAUUAAGGAUUAAACUAAUUAAAUCAAGAUGAAGAUGAUGAUGAUGAUGACGAUGAUGACGAUGAAGAUGAUGAUGAUGAUGAGGAUGAAGAGGAUGAUUAAGGAGAUGAUGAUGAUGAAGAUGAUGAUGAAGAUGAAGAAGUUCAAGAAGAUGAAGAAAACAACGGGUAAUCAGCACAAAAUAAAAAGGCUAAAAAUAACUGA